CUACUGUACAGGUAUCUUGCAACUGGAGAUUUCCCAUUGUCAAUUGCAUUAGCCUACCGCGUAGGUGAAUCAACGAUUUAUAAGGUGGUAAAAGAAACUUGCGAUGCAUUAAUAAAUGUACUGGAACCUUUAUAUGUAUCUGCGAAAACCAAUCAGAAAAGAGUGGAUAAAAAUUUUCAAUGGCUUUUGGAGAAACUGGAACUUCCCAAAUUGUGUGGGAGCCAUAGAUGGCAAUCAUGUGCAAAUUAACGCACCGCCCAAUUCAGGAAGCUUAUAUUACAACUACAAAAAAACUUUCAGCACGGUGCUGAUGGCAGCCUGCGACUAUGAAUACAAGUUUACACUUGUAGACGUUGGAGCUUAUGGAAGCGACGCUGGUGUUUUUUCCCAAUCCGAAUUUGGACAAGCUCUGUUUGAAGGAGAACUCGACUUGCCAGAAAACACAAGAGUGCCUGAAAACAAUUCAGAGACACCAUGUUUUUUCGUAGGUGAUGAAGAAUUCCAGUUGACAAAAAACCUAAUGAGAUCAUAUUCUGGUCGAAAUUUAUCCGAGGACAAAGCAAUUUUUAACUAUCGACUCUCGCGGGCUAGAAGGACUAUUGAGAAUACUUUUGGAAUUCUCGCAGCACGCUGGAGAAUCUUCACUCAAACAGAGCCCAAUUUUUUUCAUUUCUAACAAAAUGGCAGCCAAUUCACAUUAUGACAUUACUUUUGCCUCACCCUGUAUAAUCAU